AUGCUCAAGAAACAAGUUGGUAUCUUCCCAGAAAGCAGCAUAACUAAUUUCAAUGAUCACAUUCUUUUCAAUUCAAACUUAGUCAAGAACUAAAAUUCAAACUUUGCAUCUACUUGAACACUACUAUAUAGUCACAUACUAAACUCACAAACACUCACAACAAAAUUCGUUAUCUGCUAUAAAGAGAAAGAAAAACAUUUUUGUUUUAUAAACAGAGAGUUAAAGUGUUCUUAAACAUGAUGAUGAUCAACAAAGCCGUUCUUGGUUCGAUCCUGGUCUUCAUGUUGAUCGGUUCAGUUCUUGUUGAGAGUCGUCCGCUUGGUCUAACAAAGACCGAGGAGAAGCUCAUGGCUGGUUUCUUCGAUGGCUUGUCACUUGGUUCGAUGAAAGACUCAGGUCCGAGUCCAGGCGAGGGUCACAAGGUCGUGGAACGGAGGGAUACGUUUCGAUUUGAUAAGCACUCCGGUCCAAGCCCAAGCGGACCGGGGCACUGAUGUUUCAAUCUUUGGUUCAAACUGGGCCGGUUAAAGUGCCCAUACCCGUUUAGGUCGAACAAAUUUUUUAUUUUAUUUUUUUUGUUUCAGUUUCAAUAGUCAGAAAAUAUUAGUAUAUACACUGAUACGUAUAGCAAAAACAUUAAUUGAUGUCUCAUGUUUUUUCUAUUCUCAGGAUUAUUGUUUUGUUAGUUAAAUAAAGUUAUUUGAAAGUAUACAAAUUCUCAAAGUAAUAAUAAUCCAAGUUAUUUUA